AUGAAUCCUAACCUAUUGAAGUUUGAAAAACAAUCGUAUAAUAAAAUAAAUGUAAUAAAAGGAUCUAAAAUGGAAGAACAAGCUAGAAAUAUAAUUCAAGACCACAAAAACCCUUUAACAAAACUGAGUUUCAUCGGUCCUAAGCUAUUUAUGAAAGAUUCGAGUGAUGAAGCCCAGGAAAAAAUAGCAAAAAAUUUGGAUAUUUUAAAGAGUGUGUUAUUACAUCAGAAAGUUGAAAAAAGGAACAACAGGGCUAAAGCCGAAUGGAAGCCUUCCUUGAACCUUGCUGUAAUAAACAAAGUGGUAAAAGGCUUAUUAAAACAUUUUGGGUAUCAAGAUAAAAAUGGAAUUUAUAUUUAUCCAGAAGAAAUGUUGUUUCUAGUAGAAACUAAUAGGCUGGAAGUUGUGCUAAAUGAAGUACCACUAUCCAUACAAGAAUGCUACGAUAUUACUUUGAAUAUAACAGGAAUGAAUUUGAAUAAGUAUCGAACUUACAAGAAACUUGUGCUACAAGGAUAUAGGAUAACACGAUACAGUGAAAUAUCGAGACGAAAAGAAAGCAUACAGGCUAGUGAAAAAAGUAAUAAAAAUAAAAAACGAAAAUUUGAAGAAAUUGAGGAUGAAACAGAUGUAAAUAAAAAAUUGAAUAUUCCAAUAAAUGAAAAAACUUUUGAUCGUUUAGCUCAGAAAAAGAAAGAAAUCAAUGAAAUUUAUGAUAAUAUAAGGAAAACGGCACCAAAAACUUAUGUUCCAGUAAUAAAUAAGGAUGCAUCUCCAGAUUUUUGUCUGUUUGUUCCACAAAAUAAUAGUAGAGUUAAAUGGGAUUUUAACGUGUAUAUUUGUGAAAAAUGUGUUUUUAACAAUUUACAGUCCGAGUUUCCCUCAAUUUACGCCGUUUGUAACGGAGACAAUAUUUCUCUUUUCAAAAUCGGAUGUAUUAACUUACCAUGCAACGAAUAUACUUAAAACAAGUACUCAUCCGAAAGAUAUUUAAUUGAAUUAGGGUAUUUAAAACAAUCCACUUGGAACCCCUAAAUCUAUUUAUUUUAGACUUGUGUAUACAAUUUUUAUAUUAAAGCAUUUUGUAUAUAAUUCUUUGUAUUCUAAGAGGUAUACAAUUUUUAUGUUUAAAUUGACCUUCAGUAAUUCCUCUAAUCACUAAUUUGUGAGUAUCGACAGUGAUCAAUUCGUUAUCAUAUUCAUAACAGACUCGAGUGUAUCAAAUUAUUGCUUUAACUUACAAAUUACCAAAACAAAUCCUCAACUUAUAAUCUUGCUAGAAAAACAACAAACCCAACAAACAACAAAACAUUUAAAUACUUAGUCUAAAGAUUUGGAAAAAUAUCACAAAGUAAAAAUCAACGACUAGUAGCAAAUAGUAAAUAUCAAAAAAUCAGUCCUCUAUCAGGCCCAACCGAAAUUGAUGCCGGUUAUUUGAUAAAAAUGGUUAUUGAAGGGCCUGUAAAAAUCCCUCAAUCUUUGCAAUACCACAGGAUUGACGUAAGGGUGAUUCCGGCCCUUUGUUUUACCUAGACAAUGGGGCGCCGAGUGACCUUCGCUUUUGAACAAACAAGGAAACCCUUUGGUGGAGUUGAAAUAGAAAUGCUUCUCCGUAACCACUCGCUUGAGCCCUAAAAAAUCUUGCACUCGCCUCAAUUCGAUGGCCGGAUCCAAAACCAAUCGUUCCCCGCUGACAAACAGAAAUUGCGAUAACGGAAAAAAUUUCAACCAUCUCGAGAGAUACCUAAAACACAUUAAAUUCGCGACACAAUAUUUACCAAUAACCGCUAAUUACCUGGAGUAAAUUCCUAGUUUAACAGGGCCCCAAGAAGUAUCGAUAAUACUCCCGAUUGACCCAUUAACAAAUAACAGUUGUUCGAAUGGUUUCAUAUCAAUCUUUUUAGAAAUGGCUUGAGCAUAAUCAGAUAUGGCCCUGGUGACGGGGUCUCUUACGACUAUCAGUAACUUAGUGGAGGGAUUCAUUAGGUGCACCCGAUGAGGCGCCUCGCGCGUUAUGAAGUAACUCGGAGUCUUUUCGAUUGUGAGCUGUCCUUCUAAGGUCGCCGGCAUGUGGCUCCUGUACCACUGGAAACCCUUUGCGUAGUUCUUGUCAAAGAAGUGCACUUCGCUGCCCGCUGCUCUCACGUCUGGGUGGAUUCUGAUGAAUUCCAGCAGGGC